UGAGGGUGAGAAUUAAGGACGGUUGUGAGCGAGAGUUUGAUCUAUGUCUCCGCCACUUUCUUCGAGUCAGCAUCCCUCCCCAGAGCGCCAACCCGUCCGCUGUGUGUAGCUCGGCCAUCCCACAGUAUUUCGCCUAUCCCAGAGAGAAGCACCAGAAAGCCGUACGGCCAAGCCUUUGUUCAAGCCCUUUAUCGACAUGCCCUCUGAGAAAGCGCCGGCUGGGGCAGAGAACGAGGCCAACCAGCCAUGUGCGCUGGGCACAGGCCAUGCCAAAAGCUCCAGCGAUGGCGUGAAUGAUAGCGACACCACCGGUAUCGAAUGGAACGAGGAGCGGCGCAACAAUCUAGUCGCCGACUGGAAGUUCAUGGACUUCGAACACUUUAAAAACAGGCAUGGCCCAGACGAAGGCAUGCACAUCAUUGAGGCUCUGCGAGCCCAUCCGUACAUUGAAGAGGAGAUCUGGAAAGAGACCCGUGAUCGCGGCAUGCGAUGGAAGUCAACAGAGCCUCGGAUGGGACGGGGGUUCAAGACCGACCACGAGGGAGGCCAAGAGACCGAGCACGUCCAACGCAUCAGGAUCCAGUCGCCGGCCCUCAUCCUUAUGCUCUCCCGCCUCACGGGCCACGGAGACAGCUGGAAUACCGACAGGCCGAGGACCUUCCUCCGGCCAUUCCGUACCAUGUACUAUUACAGAAACUAUAUGAAAGAUAUCCUCACCAUGAUGGAGAAGAGAUUCGGAGCGCCCCAGACAGGAAUGACGACCCCAGACGCCAAACCUGCUCCAGGGGUGGACGCCGCCCAGCCGUCCGACCAGGAAGACGGCAGCGAAAGCGACUUUCUCGAUCUGGGUGAGGAGGACUUCGAUGAACCCGACCUUGACGAGGUGGUCAGUGGUGAUAUCGCAAAUACCGCUACAGCGCUGCAGCACGUCAGGAAGUACCUCGAGUUUGUGGACAAGCACAUACUCCCGCAGUGGGAAGCAGCUCAAGGGAUCGAGAAGAAGAGGGCAGCCUUCCUCGACCUUUGGAUGUCCUUCAUUGUGGGGGAGAUGCUGUACCGCCCACCCACUGUCGACCCUCCCAAACUUGGGGACAAGAAAUCACAGUCGGUCAAGAAAACGGACCAGAGCGUCUGGCGACUCUACUCCAUCAACCAGGAUAUGUAUGAAGAUGGCCCGCCGGAUGACUACAAAGUUAACAAGAGGCGAGGGCUAUAUCUCCACGCCUACUACAUCGACUAUGAUGGCGCGAGGUACCAACCAGUCCGAGACAGGUUCAAUAUUCAGGACUACGAGGGCGAGAGGGAUAUCACCGAAUUUCCAAUCUACCCACUUCGCUUCGCAAAGGACUCCACGAGACUGAUGAGGAAUUUUAUGGAUCAGGGAAGGCAGUUCCAGCUUAUCAAGACGGAGAAAUAUCUCUACUACGACGGGUGGACGCUCACUCGGGGGCCAACAAGCCGUGACGAGGACAGCAACGAGUUGACCUCGGAGCAUAUCGAUGGCAGCGUCAUCGUUGACUUUCUCGAGGGCUACAAAGCAGACCCAUCUCUUGGUCAGCCCGCCUUCGAAGGCCUUGUGCGGUUCAAAGAUGUCGUGUGGCUUGAUGUUGAUGACCCCAUGGAGAUUCGCCACUGGCUCAACGACAAGCGCCAGGGAAGCCCGUAUACUCUCAUGGAAAAAACGCAGCGGAGCGAGUUUUUUGGGAUAUACCUCGUCGCCCGCCACAUGAAGGAAAGCAAGUUCAUGCGCUGCUGGAAAGCCGGGAAUUCUAAUGAUCUCGAUGGGGAUGACCUGGCCUUAUUGCCGCGCCGCGCCGUCGCUUUCGCCCUCCGCGAGCGCAAGUUCAUCCUGGCCGACAUCAACAUGUUUCGGAUGAUCCCCAGGCAGCAAGAUGUGUUCAAGGACCUGAAGAUCGAUCCCAAGCACAAGCAGAUGAUCGAGUCUCUGGUCAAGACUCACUUCGAGAAGCAGGCGAUGCAGAAGGCCUACGGCACCGGCAACCUCAACCAGGAUCUGAUCCGCGGCAAGGGUUCGGGGCUUUUCAUGCUGCUCCACGGCGUCCCGGGCGUCGGGAAGACGGCGACGGCCGAAGCCAUCGCCCAGGUCAACUCGAAGCCGCUGUUCGCAAUCACCUGCGGCGACCUGGGAUUCGAGGCUGGCAAAGUCGACGCGUCUCUGCGAAACAUCUUCCGCUUGGCACAUCUCUGGGACUGUGUGCUCUUGCUUGACGAAGCCGACGUGUUUCUGUCUCGCCGAGAGGUCUAUGACCUGAAAAGGAAUGCACUGGUUUCUGUGUUCCUUCGUGUGCUCGAGUAUUACUCUGGGAUCCUGUUCCUGACUACCAAUCGGGUCGGCCAUCUCGAUGAAGCCUUCAAGUCCCGCAUCCACGUCAGCCUGUACUACCCCCCGCUGACCAUUCAGCAGACGGUGGCCAUCUUUGACGUCAACAUCCGACAGCUAGAGAUGAUCGAGGCGGAGAAGCAAAGACUGAUGAGUGAAGAGGGGUCCGUAGUUCCCAAGCGGCCCAAGAUGAUCAUCGACAAAGCCAAUCUCCGCCAGUAUGCAGAGUGGCACUGGCGCGCACACGAGCAGUGGGAGCGUUGGAACGGCCGUCAGAUCCGUAAUGCCUUCCAGAUUGCAUAUUCGCUCGCCCACUCGCCCGAAAAUCGACCCGCGAUGGAUGGGCAAGGGAGGGUGAUAUCACAGGCCCAGCUGCGGGUGGGCAGGCCGCAGCCCGCCGCGGUGGGCGGCGACAAUCCGAUGCCCGCCGGCGCCGGCGACCAGGCCCUAGAGCGGCCCCUGAAGCUGGACUACACCCAGUUCGAAGAGGUCGCAAAUGUUAUCGAGAAGUUCGAUAACUACCUCUAUGACACCCUGGCUGGCACGGCGACCGAUGCUGCCCGCGACGCUGGCAUGCGCGCCGACCUCCAUAACCACACCGCGCAACGCCCGGACAGGUUCCUUCCCCAGCCCCGGCCAGCUUACCCACCCUCGCAGCGACAGCAACAAGCGGCGGGUGGCUUCCGUCCACGUCAGCGCCAACAGCGCUUCACGCCGGACCAGCCCGCUGGGGGCGCCGGACCGGCAGCGGGCGGGCGAUGUGCGCCUGCGAACCAGCAACCCCUGCGUCCGUAUCGUACGCCCGGUGCGCGCGAGGCUCCGAGAGGCGGCGGUACACCACCACAGAAUCCGAGGAGAGAUUUACCCCUACGACAGCAGCAGCAGCAGCGGAGGGGAGCCGGCCUAGCCGGUCCAGGCCGCGCGAGGGACACGUCCACAGAGGCCUCGAGCUGGCAAAACGACGGCGGCUUCGGCAACGAGGCAGGGGACUGGGGCCUGCAGCCGCAGGGCGGCGAGGCGGGUGGCGGCGAGGAUUAUGGCAGUUCCGGUUACAAUGACAAUAGCGGAGCGCCGCGGGGUGGUCAGUUUGGUGGCCGUGGCGGAUACUAUAAUGAGCACGACGAGUUUGACGCGGGAAUGGACGAUCUGGAGCAUGGGUAUGAAAACGACCAUGAGGACUAUGAGGGGAACUGCGCUACAGAGGAGCAGCUGGAUGACGAGUACGGCCAGUACUGAGGUGUAUGGCAUCGAUAGUAUAUCAGGAAAUGUGCCGGAUGUGGUGGCGAAAAUUGGGUCGGGUUGGAGGUUGCGAUAUAAGAUGAAGGGUGGCGGGCUCUUCUGACGCAUUAGCAUGGCCCAACUGGCUGCAAGCAGUUGGAAAGCUUCUGCAACUGGUUUGGGCCCCCGCGAACCCGCUGCCGACUUCUAAAAGUCCCAGUCACAGGAAACCUACCACUGAGACAGACUACCCUAAAUCAGGAAGCCUUUCGGAAACCCU